UCUAUCAUACUCCACUACACUCCACCCCACACUUCACGAGUUCAGUCUCUUUCAAGCUCACAAACGCACUUUCACCUCUGUAGCUAUCAAUGGCAGCGGUCGGAGCCUUGAAGCCACCUCUUUGCUUCUCUUCUUCCUCCGGCAUUGCUGCCGAACGGAGAGACCUCAGCUCUUCGUCGUCGUCCUUUCGGAGUUUAUCGUUUGCUUCGUCUCAUCUGUCCGGAGACAAGGUAUCUUCGGUAUCAUCCGUGCGACCACGCCGUCAUGGAGGUAGAGCUUCGGUGGUUGUUUCUCCCAAAGCUGUUUCCGAUUCCAAAAAUUCGCAGACAUGUCUUGAUCCUGACGCUAGUCAAAGUGUUCUUGGGAUAAUACUUGGAGGUGGAGCUGGGACACGUCUUUACCCUUUAACAAAGAAGAGGGCAAAGCCUGCUGUUCCUUUAGGAGCAAACUACAGGCUUAUCGACAUUCCUGUAAGCAACUGUUUAAACAGCAACAUAUCAAAGAUUUAUGUUCUUACACAGUUCAAUUCUGCAUCACUCAAUCGCCACCUGUCACGUGCUUAUGCAAGCAACAUGGGUGGCUACAAGAACGAAGGGUUUGUUGAAGUCCUUGCUGCUCAACAAAGCCCAGAAAAUCCAAACUGGUUCCAGGGGACUGCUGAUGCAGUGAGGCAGUAUUUGUGGCUAUUUGAAGAGCAUAAUGUUCUAGAGUACCUAAUCCUUGCUGGAGAUCAUUUAUACCGAAUGGAUUAUGAGAGAUUUGUUCAAGCUCAUAGAGAAACUGAUGCUGACAUCACUGUAGCAGCUUUACCAAUGGAUGAAAAACGUGCAACUGCGUUUGGACUAAUGAAGAUUGAUGAAGAAGGGCGUAUAAUUGAAUUUGCAGAAAAACCAAAAGGAGAGCAACUAAAAGCUAUGAAAGUUGAUACCACAAUCUUAGGGCUUGAUGAAGAGAGAGCUAAAGAGAUGCCUUAUAUUGCUAGUAUGGGAAUAUAUGUUGUCAGCAAAGAUGUAAUGUUGGAUUUGCUGAGGGAUAAGUUUCCUGGAGCUAAUGAUUUUGGAAGUGAAGUUAUCCCUGGUGCAACUUCUAUUGGCCUAAGAGUACAAGCUUACCUUUAUGAUGGCUAUUGGGAAGAUAUUGGUACCAUUGAGGCCUUUUACAAUGCCAAUUUGGGAAUCACAAAAAAGCCAAUCCCAGAUUUCAGCUUUUAUGAUCGAUCAUCCCCGAUUUACACUCAACCUCGAUACCUACCUCCUUCCAAGAUGCUUGAUGCUGAUGUCACCGAUAGUGUUAUUGGUGAAGGGUGUGUCAUUAAGAACUGCAAGAUUCAUCAUUCGGUUGUUGGUCUUCGAUCUUGCAUAGCUGAAGGUGCAGUAAUUGAAGAUUCAUUGCUGAUGGGAGCAGAUUAUUACGAGACGGAUGCUGAUAGGGAGCUUCUUGCUGCGAAAGGUAGUGUUCCAAUUGGUAUUGGGAAGAAUACUCAUAUCAAAAGAGCGAUUAUUGACAAGAAUGCACGCAUAGGAGACAAUGUUAAGAUUAUAAACACCGAUAAUGUUCAAGAAGCAGCAAGGGAAACAGAUGGGUACUUUAUAAAAAGCGGGAUCGUUACAGUUAUCAAAGACGCGUUGAUUCCUUCUGGCAGCAUAAUCUAGACAUGAGGUACAUUAUGAUAUGAUGUUUUGAUGAAGAGGAAGUGUACCACGAUAUGAAAUGUAAAAAUUCCAUUUUAAUUGAAUAAAAAAGUAAAACCCCAUAGACUCUCCUCUUCUUUACUUCCCUUGUAGCUGAUGAGGUUAAGUGAGUUUGGAUGUUGUCAUGUAAUACCGGUUAAUACUGUAUCUGUGCUUUAGCAGUUGUACAUUUCAUGUUCC